AUGUCUCAAGCGCCGCCUUUCACCCCCGACAGUGAGUUUGCCGCCCUCGAGACGCCCCGCGUAUCGACGGGUAGUUUGUCUAUCACCGCGUUAGCUCGGUUUGAAUUCGAAGCCGGAAAGGCCAAUGAGGGAACGAAGAUCUUGAUGAUUGAAUGGGAGGAUGAUGACUUGACCCGAUCCUCCGCUGGCGGUGCCUGGCAUGUCUCCUGGGAGGGUAAGCAGGCCGUGUUGCCCGCCGACGAACGAGCCAACGACCACACCCGUCGCGUAUACUUCCUCCUUCCACCGCAUGUGACCAUCCCUCCCGUCGUCACCUUAUCGUAUGAACCCCCGACCACGGAGUCGGCUGCCAACAAGCACUCCCUGCAGCUGAACCCCCUGCCGGCCAUCUUCCCGCCGGAAUUGGGCGCGGACGGACGGUCCGCCGGCAAGAAGGGCGUCCUGCACACGAUCUGGGCGAAGAAACGGUUGCAGUCGCUGGACAAGGAGAUACGGGAGGAAUGCCUCACCAACGUAGAGGGGAUUGCCCUACACAUGGCGCUGCAGGAGAAGGAAUGGAUCGAGACGAAUUUCGGAGUCGGAUCGCAUGCAGAGUCACAGAGGAAUUCCAUCCAGAGUAAUCCGGACCCGCGCUACCCCAUGGGGCCGACCACGCCCGUCUCACCCGGCACCGGAGGCAAAUUGGGAGAAAAGCUCAAGGGCCUGCGGUUACAGACGGGCCAGCGCGAUUUGUCUCCCAAGUCAGAUGCGGCCUCCCACCAUCUACUCUCCCCUAUGACCCCCGACGUCGCCGUGUCGUCCUUCACCUCGUUCCAUAGCAUCCAGCAGCCGACGCCGCAGUCCGAUGCGCCGGAACCCGUCCGGACGGUGGCGCAUUACCCGCCGGAGUCAAUCCAAGCGCAGCAGAACCGCGACGAGAACAACAACGGGUUCGCGUCGAUGAGCACGAUCGCGCGGACGUCCAGCGCCGACUCGGGCGAGGACCUCUUCGCCAAGGCGCUGAGUCCGCGAUCGCCCGAUCUCCCGCGCAGUCCGUUUUCCUUUGCGCCGGAGCGGGUGAUGUAG